AUGGAUUCCAGCGGCGGUAAACCCAGCUCUGUAAAGGAUGCUUUCUCCAAAGCGCAGACUGCACCACCAGCCCAGGAACGGGUUGACCUCUUUCGCAGGCUGAUACAAGAUCUGGUCGAGGAUCCAGUCGCCAACCCAAAUAUCCCAAAUUCCCUCUUUGAGAAGAACUGGGCAGAAGAUAGCGAAGUGCUAGAUGAAGAUUUCAUUCGCCAGAUAAUCAAGAGCUUUAAAAUGACUCGUGAAGAUCUAUGGACGCACCUGCUCGGAACAUGUACUCCCAACCAGAGUAAAAUGCUCGAAGCGUUCACUACAAACUCCAGGGUGCACGAAAUUGCUCGCCUUUUUGACUUCGGCUGCAGCAGAGCCACCCGUGAGGGUUUCCAAAAUAUGGAGAACGCAAAUCAGGUUCAACUUCCUCUCCCCCAAGACAUCGAAGGUGGCCGAGAACCUUGGGAACAGAGGUUCAAGAACAAGCUGGAGAAACUGUUCCACCUACGCGCUGAGCUGCCACCAGAGACAGUUAAUAUAGGCCUCUUUGAGGAUCCCCAGCGCUCAACACCAGUUCUGACUUAUGAGGGCGCUGAGUUCUGUAACUGGGGACGAACCAUCGAGAACCAGCCCGUUUACACAUGCGUCCCGAAGACAAAUUACGCAAUACAGCAAAUCGUUCUAUAUGCCACAAAUAACAACCUGGGAGUUCGCGUGUCUGGCUAUCGCCAUUCUUGGUCACCUGUUUUUGCUCGUGACAAGGGAUGUAUACUCAUAUCUACUCUGAGUCUACACCAGGCAGCACAACUUCCUAAUGUGGAAUCCCUUGAUCCUCUCUGUCCCAUUCUUUUCGGGGACAAACCUACAUUACUCAAUUCAAUCACGGAGCUAGGCCCUUUGAAAGAAGAUCCGACGAAGUCACUAGUCCGGGUGGGCUGCGCGACAACCAACGAGCAGUUUCGAUACUGGUGUGUAAAGACAAAGCGCGUAACGUUACCCCUUAAUGUGAUUAUGGUAGAGAUUACCUUUGGUGGUAGCAAUGGUCCGAUCUGCCACGGAGCCGGGAUCAGACAUAAGACACUAAGUGACCUCGUCUAUGCCAUCGAGUAUGUGGAUGUGCAUGGUAAGCUGCAGGUCAUCACCCGAGCCGAUGACGACUUUCUCUCUGCAGCCAGCGGUUGCUUUGGGUUGAUCGGGGUCGUCACCCAUAUCACCCUCGUAGUAGACAAGAUGACAUACGCGGCCAUGGCACCUCAGAAGCAGGCCGCGAUCGAUGCCAUACCGCCUCCGGACAGCCUUCGGUCGCGCGUCCCUGCACCGCUCAACCAGCCUCGUACGCCCGAGCAGAUCCGGCGUUCCCAAGAGGAAUUCGAGAAGAAGGCUGCCGAGGAGUACUACGCAGAGUGGUUCUGGUUCCCCUAUUCUGACGAAGUUUGGAUCAAUACAUGGUCCACUACUCCAGACCCUCGAGGCAGCUCUACAAUACCUCGCCAAAGACACAAAUACUGUGGAAAUACUGCCAUUGUUAAGGACUACUGCAGUUUCGAGACUAGGCAUGGCUUCCCUGCCUGCCGGCAAAAAAUCAAGGCUUGGCUCCCAGAUGCGCUUCACUUCAGAAGAGCGAUUCAAAACACGCGUGUCCGAGAUAUGGAACUUGAGAUACCCCUCCCUCAUCAACCCGAUAACCUCGAUAAACCCGACUUCACCAUUGCCCAACACGCCUGGUGGGAAGCAAUAAUUAAGGCGUAUGAACACACAGACAAGUGCCCAAUGCGCCUGCCUCUCGAGCUGCGAAUCAUGGGCGAUAGCAAUGUGCUGAUGGCGCCUCAGCGCGGAAAUCGUCUCGGAACAGCCUCAAUUGAGGUCUUGACGCUAGAAUCGGUAACCGAGUAUUGGGAUGCAUUUGCGCAAGAGGUCCUCGACAAAUGGAUGGAGCUGAGAGAAUGGAAUGGGCAAAAGCUCAACAUCCGGCCCCAUUGGGCGAAAGAAUGGUGGGUUACCGUCCUCGCACUGUCGCACUACAGCAACGUCUCGUUCCAGAAUAUUUGUCUAACGGCAUCUCUUAUUCAGGCAACAACUCAAAGUGGAUGA